UUCAUUUUGAGGGGUUGAACUUAGCAAACAUGGCUCCCGAGGCACUUCAGGUCAGCGCUGAGGACGGAGCGUGCCCGUACUAAAGAUGGCGCUGGCACAGCCUCCUCAGCGAGCUCGUUCCCUGAGUAAAGAUGGCGGCGCCCGCUUCAAGCUUCAAGCGCGUGGCGGCGCCCUUCUGCCCUCACUCAAGAUGGCGGACCCACGGAGCGCCGUCUGAGGGGGAGGCUGAGGGCUAGAGCGGCGCGGGGGCGGUGUCUGGAGGAAAGGAUGGAGCAGGGAGGUGAGCACCGCCCUCCUCUCCUGAAUACCAAAGUAGUGACUACAAACAGCCGGGCAUCCCCGUCUCCUGCAGCGCUGGGGCUCUGUCCUCCUGGAACUCCAGACGUUUUCAGCUGGGACGUGGAUAGCAUCAGAGGAAGAGCUGAAAGGCUCAGAGGCUCUGCUGGAUUAUUCUGAGUAAUUCCAAAAAUACCCUCCAACAUGCCUGAAAACCCUGCUGCAGAUAAACAGCAGGUGCUGCAGAUCAUUGACCGUCUGCAAGCAAAACUGCGUGAGAAAAGAGAUGUCCAACAUAAUGAGAACCUGUCUGUUCUGCGCAGCACGCUCAGGAGCCCUUUGUUUAACCAGAUAUUGACCCUCCAGCAAUCCAUCAAGCAACUGAAAGAUCAACUCAAUUACAUGCCACCUGACCGGUCAGUGGAUUUUGAUUUUACUAAGAGAGGACUGCUGGUAUUUGCUGACAAAUCAGUUACUGCUGGAAAUGUGUGUAAACAGAGCAGUUUACCGGAACCCAGAGCAUCUACCUUCAUUCCAAACCUGGGGGUUAAUGAGUUCAAUACAAUCAUCCAACAGAUGGCAAAGGGGAGACAAAUAGAAUCAAUAAAGAUUGAAAAGCCUUCUGUCGGAGGUCUCGGAUUUAGUGUUGUUACCCUUAAAAAUCACAACUCAGGAGAAGUUGGUAUCUUUGUCAAAGAAGUUCAGCCAGGAAGCGUGGCUGGCAGGGAUCAAAGACUAAAGGAAAAUGACCACAUACUGGCCAUUAAUUGCACCCCAUUGGAUCAGAACAUUUCUCAUCAGCACGCUAUUGCUCUCCUCCAGCAAUCCACGGGAUCUUUGCAUCUGGUUGUUGCUAGGGAGCCAGUUCAAGGAAACAGCAGAACUUCGCCUGUCUCACUGAGUGAUACAAAUCCACCUGGGACUAUUCGUUGGGGCCACGUUGAAAACGUUGAGCUGAUUAACGAUGGCUCGGGAUUAGGCUUUGGAAUUGUAGGAGGAAAGCUGAGUGGUGUAGUUGUAAGAACCAUUGUUCCUGGAGGAUUAGCAGAUCGGGAUGGGAGGCUGCGAACUGGAGAUCACAUCUUACAGAUUGGAGGGACCAACGUGCAGGGAAUGAGCAGCGAGCAAGUCGCCCAAGUGCUGAGAAACUGUGGGAAUUCUGUUAGGAUGGUUGUUGCGAGAGACCCGAAGUGUGAGAUUACAGAGAGUCCACCAGCUCCUGCGAGCUGGCCAGUCAGUGCACUGCCUUCAUUUCAGAAUGGAAAUGAUAAUACUGCUCUUUUUGAGACCCAUGAUGUUGAACUUAUAAAAAAGAACGGGCAAAGCCUGGGGAUAACAAUUGUUGGAUAUGCUGGAGCAUGCGAUGUAGCAGAAUCCUCAGGGAUUUUUGUGAAAAACAUAAUACCUGGCAGCGCUGCUGACCACAAUGGCCAAAUUCACGUUCAUGACAAAAUUGUUGCUGUUGAUGGAGUUAAUAUACAGGAUUUUACCAACCAAGAAGUGGUAGAGACGCUGCGUAACACCGGGCAGGUUGUACGCCUCACCUUGCUCAGGAGGAGGCCUUCGACUGGUUCUUCAGAAAGAUGUUCAGAUAAAGUGCUGCCAAGUGUUCCAGCUUUAGCAUCUUCUGGAGCUUUAGGGACUGAAACUAAUGUGGACAGUAGGAAUGAGGAAAACCAAAAACAAAAGGGAAGAGACCCAUUCCCUCCUGCAUAUGAUCUAAAGUCCAAGUGGGAAAACCUGCUGGGCCCUGAAUAUGAAGUUAUGGUUGUGAACGUGGACAUGCCCAUUACAGAUGACUCAGAACUGCAGAAGUACUCAAAGCUAUUACCCAUCCAUACUUUGAGAUUAGGAGUUGAGCUUGACACGUUUGAUGGACAUCAUUACAUAUCAUCAAUUGCUUCAGAUGGUCCUGCUGCAACACUUGGUCUUCUGCAACUGGAGGAUGAACUUCUAGAGGUCAAUGGAGUUCAGCUGUAUGGCAAAUCACGCCGUGAGGCAAUCACCUUUCUAAAAGAAGUGCCACCUCCAUUUACAAUGGUUUGCUGUCGGCGACUUUUUGAUGACGGCAGUGAGUCUCUUGUGGAUGAACCCACUGCGAGAGUUCCAUCUCCAGAACCAAAGGUGAAACCUGAAGAAAACAUUAAUCCUGAGGAAGAAGAAGAAGAAGGGGAAUUAGCGUUAUGGUCUCCUGAUGUGAAAAUUAUUGAACUGGAGAAAGACAAAAAUGGUUUAGGAUUCAGCAUUUUAGACUACCAGGAUCCCCUGGAUCCAACGAGAACAGCCAUUGUGAUCAGCUCUUUGGUGGCAGGUGGAGUAGCUGAACGUGGUGGUGAGCUUCUACCCGGUGACCGCUUGGUAUUUGUAAAUGGGAAAUAUUUAGACAGCACAACUUUAAAGGAGGCAGUAGAGGUGUUGAAAUCUGUGCCCCCUGGAAGAGUUUCUCUUGGAAUCUGCAAACCGUUGGUGGGAGAAAGCAAAGAGGAGAACGUGCAUAGUAUGGAUACCAGCAACAUGGAUACCAGCAACAUGAAAACCAGCCCUGGAUCUCCAGAGUCAAGAGAUAAUACCAAUUUCUCAAUAAUCCUUGAAGCACCACAGGGUUUCAGAGAUGAAACACCUUUUAAAGAAGAAGCUGUUGAUGAACCAAUUUUGGACUUGGGAAGGUCAUUUCAGCUUUCUCAAAAUGACAGUGGAUAUGAGAAGGAGUCCUGGGAGAUGCGUGAAUUCUGGAAACCCACAACAGAAGAAGUGGAUGAAGAACGGGAAAUGUUGGUGGAUGAGUAUGAAGAAGAUGUAGACUUUGUGAAAUAUAGCUCAUCAGAUAGACAGAAGGCAUCUUCAGAGAAGAACCUGAAUACAGAAUGGGCAGAGCAACUUCAGACAGCUAAAAUACAAGACUUAAGAUCUAGUGCCAACUUAAGUCCAAAGCAGUCCCUGGAAUAUACAUUCAAUAGGGAGCAGAUGUAUGAAGAAAAUGCUAAUAUAACUUCACAGUCUUCUGGAACCAUGGCACACAGGGACUACCAAAAAGGCCUAUUGGACAGUGGAGCUACCCAGUCAGGAUCAAGAAACAAAAUGGAUUUAGGUACAAAGCUUCAUACAGACUCUAAAGUACCCGGUUUCACUGUUGACCUAGAAGGUGUUGAAAAGGAAGAAGGGGAGGAUUACAUGUUUUCCAAGAAUGAAAAAUCUGUGAGAGUGACCACCUUACCUCAGCCUAGCACAGUUUUGUACAGUGAAUUACCUGAAAGAGAAGAAGGAGAAGGUGAAGAAACUCCAAACUUCAGCCACUGGGGACCACCUCGGACUGUUGAAAUCUUCAGAGAUCCUCAUGUGUCUCUUGGAAUAAGUAUUGUUGGUGGACAAACUGUCAUAAAGCGCCUAAAGAAUGGAGAGGAACUUAAAGGGAUCUUUAUCAAACAAGUUUUGGAAGACAGCCCAGCAGGAAGAACAAGAGCUUUAAAAACUGGAGAUAAAAUACUUGAGGUUUCUGGGAUAGAUCUACAAAAUGCCACGCACGAAGAAGCAGUAGAAGCUAUCAAGAAUGCAGGAAAUCCUGUUGUGUUUGUAGUUCAGAGUUUGUCUAACGUACCAAAAGUGGUUUCUGCCAUACAUCCUAAGGGAUUCAAAGUCAGCAAAGAUCAGGAUGCAAACAAAGAAAGUAAGAGUGAAAAGAGAAAGUAUGGGGCCCCACCUCCAAUGAAACUGCCACCUCCCUACAGAGCGCUUGAAAGGCUGCACUCGGAGGAAGCCAGCGUGGAUGAAGAGGAGGAGGAGGAUGCUUGUGCAGAGAAAAAAAUCAGGCAACGAUAUGCAGAUCUACCAGGAGAGCUGCACAUUAUUGAGCUUGAGAAAGACAAAAAUGGGCUUGGGCUGAGCCUUGCUGGCAACAAGGACCGAUCUCGUAUGAGCAUCUUUGUAGUUGGUAUCAAUCCAGAUGGACCUGCAGGACGGGAUGGAAGGAUGCAUAUUGGUGAUGAACUUCUAGAGAUAAACAAUCAGAUAUUGUAUGGAAGAAGUCAUCAGAAUGCUUCUGCAAUAAUUAAGACUGCCCCAUCAAAGGUCAAGCUAGUUUUCAUACGAAAUGAAGAUGCAGUCAAUCAGAUGGCUGUUACUCCUUUCCCAUUGCCUACCAGCACCCACCCUUCUAUUGAGGAUCACAGCUGCACUGAAACCCCAAGCAGUGAAGAAGACCCAAGCUUGGACGUUGUCAUGAAAAGCCUGUCUGAUGAGGAGCCUAGCAAAGCUGAUGUGAAGUAUAAAGCUGACAAACCAGUGUUGGUGGAUCAGUUGGAAGUAGAGGAGCAGCUCCCAGAAAAUGUCCUUAAACAGAUGAAACAAUCCAAAUCUUCAGCAAAAGUAUCAGCCAACUUGCAGGAGAUAUCCCUGGUGUCAGCACCUACUUAUCUCUCUCCAGACACAGAAAUCACAAACCGCAAUAUCUUACCACCUCCAUUGCCCGUGGACCCAGCGACUUGUCCUAUUGUUCCUGGGCAGGAGAUGACUAUAGAGAUAUCUAAGGGUCGAUCAGGACUUGGACUCAGCAUUGUUGGAGGGAAAGACACCCCACUGGAUGCCAUCGUGAUCCAUGAAGUUUAUGAAGAAGGGGCGGCAGCCAGGGAUGGCAGGCUGUGGGCCGGAGACCAGAUCCUUGAGGUGAACGGGAUCGAUCUGCGGAGCGCCAGCCAUGAGGAAGCCAUCACUGCGCUGAGACAGACACCUCAGAAGGUGCAGUUGGUUGUUUAUAGAGAUGAAGCUCAUUACAAAGAUGAGGAAAACUUAGAGAUCUUCCAUGUAGAUAUUCAGAAGAAAACAGGCCGAGGACUGGGGCUCAGCAUAGCUGGAAAACGAAAUGGAAGUGGAGUGUUUAUCUCUGACAUUGUUAAAGGAGGAGCUGCAGACCUAGAUGGAAGAUUAAUUCAAGGAGAUCAGAUUUUGUCAGUUAAUGGAGAGGAUAUGAGAAAUGCCUCACAAGAGACUGUUGCCACUAUACUUAAGUGUGCCCAAGGCCUGGUGCAUCUCGAGCUGGGGAGACUGCGAGCUGGAUCGUGGCUGUCAUCACGGAAAACACCCCAAAACAGUCAGGUGAACCAACAGAGUGCCCACAGCCACUUCCACCCCGCACUCGCUCCGGUCCUCUCCACGUUGCAGAACUUUGUCAGCACAAAAAGAUCUUCAGCAGACGUGUCUCAAAGAAACUCAGUAGGAGCAGAUACGGGCCCAAGGACUGUGGAGAUAACAAGGGGACCAAACGAUGCUCUUGGUAUCAGCAUAGCAGGAGGAAAGGGGAGUCCAUUAGGAGAUAUUCCCAUCUUCAUUGCUAUGAUUCAGGCUAGUGGUGUGGCAGCACGGACCCAAAGACUCAGAGUUGGAGAUCGGAUUGUCAGUCUUAAUGGGCAACCUUUGGAUGGGCUGUCGCAUGCAGAUGCUGUUAAUCUACUAAAGAAUGCUUAUGGGAGCAUUAUCCUGCAGGUCGUGGCUGAUACCAACAUCAGCGCCAUUGCUACCCAACUAGAGAGUAUGUCUGCUGGAUGCAAUGUCAACUCUUCUUCUGAGCAUGCUUCUGAAGAUCCAGAAGCACCUCAGCCUAAGAUUAUUACUUUGGAGAAAGGCUCUGAUGGACUGGGAUUUAGUAUUGUGGGGGGGUAUGGAAGUCCCCAUGGAGACCUGCCCAUUUAUGUCAAGACUAUAUUUGCCAAGGGAGCAGCUGCGGACGAUGGCAGACUGAAGCGCGGCGAUCAGAUUUUAGCAGUUAAUGGGGAAGCUUUGGAAGGUGUUACCCAUGAGCAAGCUGUAGCUAUUCUGAAGCGCCAGAAAGGAACUGUGACAUUAUCGGUGUUAUCAUGAAUGUCAUUGCACUUGCAGAGAUAAAUACAAUUAUUUUAAAACAUCAGUAGAGCUAUAAUAAUACAGCUCAGCUCUGAGCUGGGUGUAAAGCAAACUCUGGCCAGAAUUAAUCAGCGUUCAGCCCGCUGCCAGAACGGGCAGUGUGCGUCUCGAGCUUCGUUUAACCUUCCACACCCAUCAGCCUUUCUCCCUGCCCUCCCCUGACUUCUGGUGGCUUUUGAGUUUUCUCUGGACAACUUUAAUUAAUGGGCUUCAAAGAAUAAGAUCCAUUUCGCCUUAUUUGCACGUCAGUUUACCUCCACUAGUCUGAACCCCAGAUACAUUGGCUGAACCUGGGCUCUGUUCAAAUACAAAGGAGAAUUUAGAUCAUCAGCCAAUCUCAUCUGAUGAGCAGAAAUAAAUGCUGAGUGACUUGUCAUCUCACUCAUGAUUUACUUAUGCUAAUUGUCCUUUCAAGUAUGCCAGAAAACAUUAGCAAUGUAAUUAAAUUACCACUGUUCCAAAUGAUGAAAUAUCAAAUUCUCCUCUGGGAAAUUAUUUGUGUUCAGCACAGUAAGUCUGAUAGUCAAAUGUGAACUUCUCAUGUUUAUCUCUUUGGGUAAGUCUACGGAAGUUAGUCAGAGGUAAUUACUGUGAUGUGUCAAUUUGCAGCCUUUAGCAUGAAAAAUAAACCAGGGGAGAGAGGAAUUUAUUUUUUUAGGCUUUUAAAUGUUUGAGCCUUUUCAGAUAUUUAGGCAGCAUGAACAACAACAUAUCUCGUUCUAUUCCGAUUAUCUUUUUAAAGAAGAAAUGUGCUGAUACGUGCCGGGCAUGUUGCAUACAAAGGCAGUCGUUGUUGUGCCAAGCUGCAGCAUAACUGUUCAUCCUGAAACAUUAAUGAAGACAAAAGUUUGCUUCGGCCACAUGAUCCUGUAAUUCUUGCCAUGAUGGCUGUCCCUCUGCACGUUGUCUUGGAGGCUAGAUGGUGUUAAUCCAAACCAGCACACCAUUCCUCGUUUCCAGGAGUCUCUCCAGGUUCAGGUAGUGCUGGAAGAGGCUUUCAUGGAUAAGGAGGAUGGCUCUCGGGAGCUCUGGGGCUCAAUUUUGGGGGAUGCCAGCCACUGCCAGGCGGUGAGGAGCUGCUGCUGCAGGAAGCGGCUGUAGGAGGUCACAGUGAUGCCCUCCCUGUGGCUGGCUGCUCCCUCCUGUUUCCCCAGGGCACAGCACACUGCAGGGCUCUCAACCCCAUCUCCCAGCCACAGGGUGCAGCUGAAGCCCUUGAGCUCUCUGGCUUGAGCUCAGCCCUCCUGUGCAGUGGAGGUGGGAUGCAGCCACGUUCCACCAAGCAGUAGUGACUCGGUAACGCAGCCGUUCCUGCAGUGAUGGUACAACCGUGGCCUUGGCGAUUAAGCAAAUGAAUUUGGCAGGCAGAUUAAUGGCAUUGCAAGUCAUUGUGGUUUAAUCUGCCUAUCUAGAGGAACAGUAGGGCUUUGGAGGAAGCAACCCACUCUCAUUUGGGCUGUUUGGUGUAAUUUAUAAUGAUGAUGUAGCGGGGAAAAAAAAUGAAGUGUGUGUGUGUGAAAAUUGCCUGCUCAUCUGAUGUGAAAAAUCUUUAGAAAUAAAUGGAAAGAGAAUUGAAAACAUGUAAUAUAAUGACCAAGUAGCACAAGGAAAAGGUACUGUUAGUAUGUAUGUUUUAGCUGGGUGGGUAUUCCCCCAUGUUAGGUAGAAGAACACAGCCUGAAAGGAGCAAGCUGGGAUUGCCUGCAUUGAAUUGCAAUGAGCUUGCCUUGAAAAGGUUUUCUUCAGUUCAUGUAGAAGUUUUCUUUGACUUUAGGCAAUCACAAAGUGCAUUUAGCCUGCUGGAACACGGAGGGGGUGUUCUGCUCAUAGUGCCUGGAAGAGACUUAACGUUUCAAAUGGGUUCUCACUGAUUUGCCAAGCAAAGGGUUAGUGGGCCCUUGGCUGCAGACACAAAACUGUAUCCAAAUGUGUUGAAUUGGACGAUGUGUAGCUGCCUUUGGCUGCAGAGGUAUCCGAGGUGCAUGGAAGUUCAGUGCAGGUAGGUGAGCUGUGGAGAGGUACCUUCAGAAACAUUGCAUAGGAUUUAUGAACAAAAUGUAAUGGUUCCUCUGAUUGGUUUGGUUUUUUUAGACGUUGCAUUCCUACUUUAAGAUGUUGCUGCAUUUAAUCAAUGAAGUUUUACAUGGCUAUUUAUUAGCCUGUUAUGCACAUACUGUUCAUAUACAUAAAGAAUAGAAUUUAUGGGCUGAGAUAUUUUGCACUUCUCAUUACUCUGAAUGAGAUAACAUUUUCUGCUUCUUGUAAUUUGCACUUUGUGUCUUGAAUAUAUUACUGCCAAAAAUCAUAUUGCAACUAAUUGAUAAACCAGUGACCAUGCGGAGAAGCGUGUGCUGUGUGUACAGGACCAAGUUAGAUAAUUAAAUCUGCAUUACGCUUGUCUGGGUCGAGGUGUUCUGGUUUAUUUAAAACUUUAUUUCUGUGCAAGGGAAAAGCAAUUAAACCUCCUGAUUGUACGUGUACAUAUAUCAGUAAAAUGAGACAUUUUAUGACUUCAAAGAUUCGAAAUAAAGCUCGGUUACUUAA